AUGUAUGGUGUGAGUCCAGACUUGCUAACAAGGGUACUUCAUGCCAGACUCGAGGAGUUAAAAAAGGAUGUGUUAGAAAGGAAUGUUCUCGGGAAGGUAGUUACUUAUGUAUAUGUGAUUGAAUUCCAAAAACGAGGGCUUCCACAUGUUCAUAUGUUACUAAUUCUUGACCAAAGUGACAAGCUUGCCACUCCUGAUGAUUACGAUAAAAUAGUGAGAGCAGAAAUUCCUGACCAACAACAAGAACCAGAGCUCCAUAAAAGGAUUCUUAAACACAUGAUUCACAACCCAUGUGGUGUCCAGAAUCCACGUUCACCAUGCAUGAAACAAGGGAGUUGUAAGAAGGGAUUUCCUAAGUCAUUCUCUAAUUGUACAAAGCAAGGAAAUGACUCAUAUCCCAUCUACCGUCGGCGUCAAGAUGCUCCACCUGUACCAUUACGUGAGAAUUCACGAGUAACUGUAGAUAAUCGGUGGGUAGUUCCAUAUAACCCAUGGUUGUUGAAUAAGUAUGAUUGUCACAUUAAUGUAGAGAUAUGCAGCAGCAUUAAGUGUGUCAAAUAUUUAUACAAAUACAUCCAUAAGGGUUCUGAUAGAGUUUCCAUGGAAGUUCAUAAAGGGGAUGAGAUUGCACAGUUCGUUGAUGCAAGAUGGAUUUGUGCACCUGAAGCUAUGUGGAAAUUUUACAAAUUUCCAAUGACUCGGAUGAACCCGUCGGUAGACCGUCUGCAAGUUCACUUGCCAAACAUGCACCAAGUUAGAUUCGAAGGAAACCAACCUAUCGAAAGCAUUUUGGCUGACCCAAGGAACUCCAAAACAAUGUUGACUGAAUUUUUCAAGAUGAAUUCAGUAGAUCCUGAAGCCAGAAAUUACUUAUAUAGAGAAUUUCCAGAAAAAUAUAGAUGGAUUAAUUCCACGCGAAAGUGGCGCCGAAGGAAAACCAUGCAGAGAGUAAUUGGUCGAUUGUAUGUAGCUUCGCCUCUGGAUGUUGAAAGGUUUUACCUAAGAAUGUUACUAAACCAAGUCAAAGGGCCCCAAUCAUAUGAUCAUUUAAGGACUGUCAAUGGGAUACCCCACCCUACCUUUAGAGCUGCAGCUGAGUCCUUAGGUCUUAUUGAGAAUGAUGAAAGCAUACGUCAAUGUCUUAGAGAAGCAUGUCAGGUAAGAAUGCCGUCGGCACUGAGACGAUUAUUUGCAACUAUCUUAAUAUAUUGUCAACCAUCUGGAUUACGUGCACUGUGGGAUGAGUUCUUCCCACACUUGGUUGAGAAUUAUCCGUCUUCGACAACGGCAAACAACAAUGAAAUUCUAACUUACAAGCUUCUUAAAGACUGGGAUCGCUUAUUACGACCGCUCAGAAAAACAAUAUCAGACUACAAUGAAUUGCCAACUUUACCAGAAUCUGUGGAAAAUAUUGACGAGUUAUCUGAAGUGAUGGAGGAGUAUUUCUCAGUGCCAGUUCCUACUGAGGAUACCGAGUGCAUGGGUAAGUUGAAUGCUGAUCAACGACAUGCAUAUGACACAGUGAUGAAUGCUAUCACUUUAAAAAAUGGUGGUGCUUUCUUUGUUGAUGGUCCCGGUUGUACUGGAAAAACAUAUCUGUAUCGAGCUAUAUUAGCUACUAUAAAAGGUAGAGGUGAGAUAGCUACCCCAACAGCAACUUCUGGAAUUGCUGCCACAUUGUUGCACCAAGGGAGAACUUCACACUCAACUUUUCAACUACCAUUAAAACCAGAUAGCUCAUCGUCAUGCACCUUUACAAAGGGUUCAAAAACCGACAUUCUUUUAAAACAUUCUUCAGUUAUUAUAUGGGAUGAGGCACCAAUGACACAUAGGUAUCAGUUUGAAGCAGUUGAUCGUUCACUUAAGGAUUUAAUGGGAAAUGACUUGCCAUUUGGGGGAAAAAUAAUUGUGUUUGAUGGGGAUUUCAGGCAAGUUCUACCUGUUGUGAGAAAUGGAACAAGAGCUCAAAUGAUUGAUGCAUCCUUGAUAAGGUCUCCACUAUGGAACCAUAUUUCGGUUCUGCAAUUGAGAGAAAACAUGAUUCUAGACAUGACAAUGGAUUCGCUAAUUUCUUACUCUCUAUUGGAAAUGGCGAUGAACCUACCAUUUCAGAUGAUAUGA